UAUAAUUCAACUCCGAAUCUUUCGAUUUGACUAAAGAGUCAUCCACGGACUCAAACUCUCUCAUUACUCAUUAGCCUCAAAUACCACAGAAUACCCUAAACUAUAACAUGCCAGAAUAGAUUAGAUAUCUAUCUAUGAGUAUGGAAUCUGAUGUUGCUAUCCGAUUCUAGUUUCCCUCUAUCUGGUUAGAUAACCAAAGAUUCAGUGGUAUAAGAUCUUAGGGGUUAUGUGGGUUUGUUGAUUCAGAAGAGAUGUUGAAUCUUUGCGUCUUGUUAUGUGCCUUUGCUUGUUUAACGGCUUCUGGGGCCUUUGCUAAUAUUCUCUUGAUCGGGAAUAAUAUCAGCUUGUCGUUCAAAGCUGUUCCAGCUAACUUUGGGCGAUCUGUGACAGGGUCUGGGGAACAUGGAACGAUAUUCCUGGCAUCCCCAGUUGAUGCUUGCUCACCCUUGACUAAUACUUUAACUAAAGACAGCAUCAACUCCGGGUAUUUACUAAUCAUCAAAGGAGGAUGUGAAUUUGUGGAUAAAAUCCGAAGAGCACAGGCUGCAGGAUUCAAAGCAGCAAUUGUUUAUAACGAUGAAGACAGCAAUUUGUUCCCAAUGAUGAGAGAUCCCGGUGGUAUACAUAUACACGUUGUAUUUGUUUCACAAUCAACAGGAUUAAAACUCCAAGAAUAUGUUGGUGUCAAGGAAAUUAAAGUAUUGUUUGUGGAAAGCUACGAGAACUCAGCAUGGUCAAUUAUGGCCGUGUCAUUCAUCUCAUUACUUGCCAUGUCAGCAGUAGUUGCGAGUUGUUGUUUUGUCCGCAGGCAUCGAAUAAGACGAAAUCGCCCCCGAGGCUGUGUGCGGGAAUACGGUGGGAUGAGCAGCCAGUUAGUGAAGGCAAUGCCGACCCUUGAAUUUACUGAAGAUUUAGAAGAUAAUUGCACUUCUGCAACAUGUGCUAUAUGCCUUGAUGAUUAUAAUGUCGGAGAUAAGAUUAGAAUCCUGCCUUGCAGCCACAAAUUUCAUAUGAUUUGUGUGGAUGCAUGGCUAACAUCAUGGAGAACAUUUUGCCCUGUUUGCAAGCGCAACGCCAACACCACCAUACCCGAUCCACCAGCCACCGAACGCACACCCUUACUAUCGUCCCCACCCGCUUCCGUGGCAUCAACCUCCAUGUCAUCAUCCUACGUGUCAUCAAGACCGAUGCAAAUAGGGCGCUCGCCUACAUCACUAUCGUACACCCCUCGACAAUCAUUCCCGAGUUACCAUGAAUCGCGUUACCCGAGUUCAGCUGAAAACUCAUUAGACAUGAGAAAUGCAUCUUCGUCAUACAGAUCUUCUCGUGGCUCUCAUUUUAACUCCAAUUCAUUUGCCAGCCCUACUUUAUCACCUCUGAAUUCGAUUUAUAUGGCGUUUUAUUCGAAUUCAGGUAAUGGUUCAUCGAGCUACAUUCGGUCUUCGAGUCAGCAGGCACAAUCUCUGCUUCAAAGAGAGUCUGCAGUUCAGUCCCCCCUACAAUGUUGACUAUGUCGUAAAGUAGAAAAAAAGGUGUAUUGUUCAAAGUCUGCUAACGUAUCACCAAAUUAAAUGGCUUCUCAUU